GUUCGCAUUCUCAUUUGCGUUCCAAUCAAAGCCCGUAUCUUCCUCUUACCCCCAUCAACACACAUCCCACACUCCCACUCAAUCCUACCACACCCGCAAUAUGUCCCCCUCCUCAAACAAUUCCACCUCUAACGCCAAAAACGAAGCCCGAUCCCAAGGUCACAAAGACGAGGAUAUCGAAGGCGACCACAAUGAUUGGAAAUUCAGAGUCCCGUACAAAGUGCACGAAAAUGAUGAGGAUUUUAAAGUGCUGUAUGAGGGGGGUUGUCACUGUGGACGGGUGAAGUAUCAGUUGAGUAGGGAGCGCCCUUUGAGUGCCAAGUUUUGUCAUUGUACGACUUGUCAAGUUUUGCAUGGAGCGCCAUUCCAAUGGGCUGCAAUUUUCCAUAAAGAAGAUAUCAAUUUCACACAUGGACAUCAUGAUCUAGGCUGGUACGAAUCCGAAGAAAAAACUACCCGUCACAAGCUUCCCUGCAAAGUGAGCUGUGCAUACUGUCGUACGCCCAUCAUGGACGAGGGCAGAAACAUGAUAUUGCUGUUCCCGAGCUUGAUUAAGUUUAAGAGUCAAGAGGAGAAGGAGAAAUUUAAUCCUACAUGUCAUAUGUUUUAUUCAAGACGUCUAGUAGAUAUUCCUGAUGGAUUACCUAAAUGGACGGGCUUAAACGAUAAGAGUGACUUGAUCGAAGAUAGUCCUCCUGAAGCUAUUCAGAAGAGGAAGAGAGAGAAGGAAGAAGAGGAAAAGGAUGGGAAAGGAGAAAAUGGCCAUGAGAAGAAGAAAGAGAGAAAGGAAUAGAUGGUCCGAGGGUUGAGAAAUCUGUACUGGGUGGCAGAUAUAAAGUUGUAGUAUUCCCAUUCUGGUAUUUGUUUUAGUAAUCUUGUCAUUUCA